CACAAAUCACUCAAUUAUGUCAACAAAAAUAAGGAACAUAGCAACAGUUCGGGAUUAUAGUGAAUUGUGAGUUUAUGGCAAUCCGCGUGUAUAAAGUGAUGGGAAAGAUUCGGGAAUAUGGGGGAAUCUAUGGAGAAAAAAACCCUGCAUAGUUGAAGGGAGAAACGUUUGGACAAACUUUUGCCCUUUUUCGUCGUGCUUGGAUGCGAUUCGAGAGGACAUAUUGUAAGGUCAGAAUGCAGAACAGUUAUCUAUUUCUUUCACUUUGUUUACUCCACAAUUCACUCUCAUUUCAGUGUAAACCCUUCGCCCUCUUUUCAGUGGAGUAGAGAAGAGAGAAACCCUUGCCAGCUAGUUGUGGUUAAAAGUCGCCUAUUGUACCAGGUUGAACGGGAGUUAAAACUAGGCACUGCAGAAAGAAAAGGUGCUGGAUCAAUGAAUUAGCAAAAGGAGAUAAACGAACAAAAUAAAGACGUGCACAAUGGCAGAAAGGGAGAAGGUGUAUCGCAGUGUCUCUUUCAGAAAGUUAGGUUGUAGCGCGAACAAAAGUUGCUGUGAAGAACAACUAAACAAAACAACGAAUUUGGAGGGUAGUAGCAGCGCCCUUCCCCCUCAAUCUACAGCAGCGGCCGAGAAAGCGCAGCCCUCGGCUAUGCGUAAUGUUAGUGUGUCAAGGAAAGUUUCCAAAAUCUCCGCUGCCAGCCUCCCAACCGCAGAGCUAAAGAAAGGCUCUUCCACUCCUCUCUCCUCCAUUUCUCCCUCUAUUCGCCAACUCACUGAGAAGUUCAGUAGCACUAAUUCGUCUCGAACGCAUGGAGCUCCGAGCCCUGGCAGUAACGUUGCCGGGAAAAGCACAACUUUACCCAGGGUUAAAAGCAACAGGGGAGAAGGGUCCCCAUCUCGGAAAUCAUUCCACGAGGACAGUGGAUAUUUACAAGUUACUGACACGGUUUUAACAGUGUCUCCGAAUGACACUAAAGUUCACGAACAGAAGUUUUAUUCGGGCACAGACUCGGUCUCUGGAUCGGAUUCGGAGAGAAAUCAAAAAUGGAUGUAUACUCGCAAAUCUCCUCAAGGCAGCGUUGGGGCUGAUAAAAUAGAUUAUUCCCAAAUUGAUCCGUCGGUCUCUUAUAACAACAACUGCAGUAAGACUUCGAACACUGAGGAUUACGUUUUUGUCAGUGGGGUGCCUGCCUGUAAGUCACACAGGAGCUAUUUCCCAAGUCACCAUGGAGAUCCUCCUGUUCACGUUGACCUAACCUACUGGCCCAGUGUCACCAAGAUCAGAGAGCUUUUUGAUGCAGAGGAUUUAAAAUGUUCUAACCAGCGCCAGCUCUCCGCCAGCUCUAAAGACAACUCUUUAGCAGACAUAAGCGACAGACAGUCUCCCAACAGCCCAACCCCUGAAGCCACUAGCCUCUCACUGUCAGACAGACACCUCAGCAGGGCUGCCUCCCUGGGCAGAGAGAGGAGACACCAGGGUAUGGACUCAGCCUUUCACCCUGACCAGCACUACUCAGACCAGGCAGAGAUUGAGCCAGCCAGCACUAGUAUUCGUAGAAGUGGUAGGUUUCUUAGGGUGUCCCAGCCAUCCAACACACACAGAGCCCACAGCCCCAGCAGUGGAGGAGAGGGGCCUGAGACCCGUCCAUCUAGUCUGAACUCUGACCCUCCACCCUCUGUCCUCGCCGCUGGCCCCACCUCCAGCUCCAGGGGCCUCUCCUCCUCCCGUGUCCGCCCCUCUGGAGAGCAGAGGCAAAGCCAGGGGGCCCGACAGCCCAGGGACAGUUUACAUUCCUCACAUAGCUCCUCCAGACCGGUGGCCCCCUCCUCUGAUAGAGCCUCAGCCAGGGCUGCCAUCACAGCCCGCUGGAGGUUCAGCUCAGGAGACGAAGAAGAGGAGUACCACCACCGAGCAGGAGGAAGGAGCCCUCAAUCGUUAGGUGUCAGUGGAGGUUACCUCUCCCGCGCUAAGAAUGGCUGGUGGGGUGGUAAGGUCCUUGGCAGGUCUUCAGGCAGUGAGGAGGACAGCCCUGCUUCACUAGGACCCAGCAGAGACACCGUGAGACGGCGCUCACUGAGAAAAAAGAAGAACAACGAGGUUGCCGUAGCUACGGGGCGAGACGAUGGCGAGUCAGACGACAGUGACGACGAGCAGACGGGUAUGAUGGAACACCUUGAGAGACACCAACAGAACAUCACCGCAGAACAGACUGGGAGCUCCCGGAACCGGCUCAGAGAACCCAAAGCCUCUAGCACCUGUGCAGCACAGUGGGGACGCAAUUCCACUCCUAACCAGAUGGGAGCUCAGGGGAGCUACAGACGCAAAUACACAUCAGUCGGGGCGGGGACAUCUCGCAUAACCACACCCCUCUCAGGGGUGUCGCGGGUGUCAAAGGUCAACAUUUCGUCAUUUAUUUCGAGUCCCGGUGGCUCGCAGAGCAGCAGUAGAUACUGUAGCACCGAGACGCUGAAAGAAGAGGACCAAGCUAGCUAUGCUAACAGAAGGGUGAACUGUAAUGUUACUACCCCAGGCAGUGUGGUUGGUGCUUCCUCCUCCAUGCUCAGUAAGACAUACCAUGGUAACUUCACCAUGUACCGCUCCCCCAGCUUCGGACACGGGGAUAACUUUUCCCACACCCCUGUUAGAGGCCAACCCCGCAUUCUUCCCCCUGUCAAUCCCCCAUCCCCAGGGGACACUGGAGGGGUUGCUAGGGAGGAGACUACAGUGUUCCGUCGGUUGCUAAGUGGUGGUGGUGUUGUCGGUGAUAAGGACAAGAACAGGAUGUCAAUGUCAAACCCGGACAUAGCCUCAGAAACUAUGUCUCUCCUCAGCUUCCUGAAAAGUGACCUAUCAGAUCUCAGAGUUCGAAAGACGGACAGGUCAGGGGUUACUGAGGGGUCAUCUACGGUGUACAGGAUGGGGUCAAGAGGCCUCUACCCAGGACUCCGCCCUUCAUUAAAGGACCUCACUGCAACUCUCAGACGUGCCAAAUCCUUCACUUACUCCGAUAAACCAGUAGGGAGGCAACAUCCAGCCGGCUCCUCCGCUAAAAGAAGCUCUUCUGAGCAAUGUUUGGAUCAAGACGAAGAGAGGGAUGGAGGGAGGGGGGCGGUGCCUGACAGAGAGGUGGAGAGUGAUGGAGGAGACUGCAGAGCAGGGGGUUAUGGGUAUGAGGAUGUGAUGCCCACUCCGUUGCAGGACUGGUAUGUCCAGGAGGCCAGACAGGUAAUCAGAGAUAUCUGCCAGAUGAGCGCUCUCGAGGAUGUUGACAAUGAUGAUGCUGAUGUGCUAGCAACAGAUGGCACUGAAGACGAGGGUUUCAAAAGAAAACAAGUGGAGGAGCAGGAGAUAAAAGAGGGCGAGGGAGGUGAAUUAAAAGAUGAGAGGAGAGCUGGAGAAGCUGAGGUUGCCGUUUCAGGAGAAAACGAGUGGAGGGAGUGGGAAUGUGAAAACACAGAAAGAGAGAAGUUCCAACAGAAGGGAGAUUCUGAGGAGAAUGUUUUUUAUGACCGAUCUGUUGAUGAGCUAUCGGGUCACGAGUCGAGCCUCACUGAUGAGGGCAUAGUCACAGAACCAGAGGCUGGACUGGGUGACCCCGAGAGGUUAUUUGUCAGGUCAAGUUUAGGAUCAUCGUUGGCCAGAGAUGUGCUGGGUCAACCCCUGACCAUCUGGAAGCAGUCUGCUCUGCAUGAGGAUGAGUGGCCAGGGUUACAUGAGGGAAUGCGAGAGGGAUCAGGGUUAAGCGAGGGAAUGCGAGAGGGAUCGGGGUUAAGCGAGGGAAUGCGAGAGGGAUCUGGGUUACACGAGGGAAUGCGAGAGGGAUCAGGGUUACACGAGGGAAUGCGAGAGGGAUCAGCGUUAAACGGAGGAGCGAGAGAGAAACGAGAGAACCCUGUCUUUGUUCCUGCCCUUGGGGUUGAGAGUGAGAGCAUUGCUGUAGUAACAGAGAUGAGCGGUGUCAAUAACAACAACAGUACUAGCGGGAGGGCCAAUGUAUCCCAGAGUGCCUCAGUCCCAGGACUUGAGGCUCCUCCCACUCCGAGUGCUAUCCGCCGCCGCCGUAAGUUCUCCUCAACCGGGAACGCGGGCUCUGACUCCAGCAGCACCGGGGAGUCCAACGGGAAUGGGGAUGUUUACCGUUCGCUAAGCGACCCCAUGCCUCACCGGCGCCGCUCUGUUUCAGAAGAAGGGAAUAACAGCUUCUCUGUGGAUAGUAACCUGCUGGGGUCUCUCUCUCUCUCCUCCAAGGGGACAGGAGGAGUCGGAGGAGGAAGUGUCCCAGAGUCGUCCUCUGCAGCUGAUCUAUCAGAGUGCACGGGCAGCGUGGCUAGCGACCUAUCACUGUGCAGUGAUGGUGGUCUCCGUGACGACUACAGCAAUGUGAUCCGGAACAUUGUUGCGGAGCCAGGAGCAAUGGACAGACUGAUGAUGGAUGACAAGAACAACGGAAAAGCAACGAAGAAGAAGUCCUUCUCUGACCCCAGUCGCCGUGGUGACGGCCCCUUGCUUGAUGAACCAGGGUUCAAAAGUCACUAUCACCCUAAAGAACCAGUCAGUGAGCUGGAUCAGCCUGGUCAGAUCCCGCCCUCCAGCAGUGAGCCAAUCCUGAGUGAGCAGAGAGAUGAGCUGGGGGAGCUCGGAGAUGAAUGUGGACACCCAUUGCUUAGUCGUCAUGGCAACAAGGAAGGCGGGAAAUUCCGCUCCCCAUCAGAAAGGGAGGUGCAGUCCUGUCUCCAUAGUGAUGACACAGACAGAGUGGGAGGAGGAGAGAUAUUGAACUCUGACCUCAAAUUAGCGGAGCUUGUGUCUCCCGGAAUGGGCCGGCGGACCAACAGGAAACGCCCCAACUGGGUCACCCAAUCAGCAUCAGAGGAGCUGGACCACUCGGAACCAGGUCCAGAGGACCAGGAUCAAGACCAGACUGAUCUCACCCCCCCAUUGCCUCUGGUCCCCCCCAAACCCAAAACUAGGUCCAAGCACGUCCGCCACGCCAGCGAACCUGCUACCUUCAUCCCCAUCUUCCCACCUCCACAGCCCCAGCGAGCCCAAGGGGAUCCGCCUUCCCUACUACCUGCCUGUGAACCCUCACUCCUGGGUAAGCCCACCAGUGAGGAGGCCCCCUCCCUGGAAGAUGUGACCAAGCAGUAUAUUCUGGCCCUGAAUGCUCGGGGCGAGAGCGAGCCGUCUGGUUCUGAGUCUGGGUCUAGAGGAACGGUGCCUGUACCAGAUGGGUCCAACUCCAGCCCUGCUACUCCCAGUGGUGCCAGAGAACCCAGACUGCAGAGGAAGAGCAGUGAGGAGCUGACCACACCAGCCCCACAGAGAGCCAAACCCAGAGUGGAUAUGAGAAGGCAUGUCGUGAUGACCCUCCUGGACACUGAGCAGUCUUAUGUGGAGUCUCUCCGGACACUCAUACAGGGCUAUAUGCGGCCUCUGAAGCAGCCAGACAGUGGCUCCCUAGUUGAUCCCUCAUUGGUGGAUGAGAUGUUCUAUCAGAUUCCAGAGAUCCUGGAGCACCAUGAGCACUUCCUGGAACAGGUCACCGGCUGCAUUAGCCAAUGGCACGACAGACAGACCGUGGGUCAGUUGCUUAUCCAAUCGUUCUCCAAAGAGAUUCUUGCUAAUAUUUAUUCAGCAUACAUCGAUAACUUCCUGAACGCCAAAGACGCCGUGAGGAUCGCAAAGGAGGCCAAGCCGGCAUUCCUCAAGUUCCUGGAGACCAGUAUGCGUGAGAACAAGGAGAAGCAGGCCCUGGGUGAUCUGAUGAUCAAGCCUGUCCAGAGGAUCCCCCGUUAUGAGCUGCUGGUUAAGGAUCUGUUGAAGCACACUCCUGAGGAACAUCCAGACCACCCGUUGCUAUUGGACGCCCAGAGAGACAUCAAGCGAUUGGCUGAGAAGAUCAAUAAGGGGCGUCGCUCUGCGGAGGAGGUGGAGAGAGAGACACGCGUCAUGCAGGAGAUAGAAGCCCACAUCGAGGGAGUGGAACACGUCAGAGAUAUCCUUAACCCAAUGAGGAAGUUCCUGAGACAGGAGAUGGUGAUGGAGGCGAAGACUGUGGGGGGUAAGAAGGACCGCUCUCUCUUCCUCUUCAGUGAUCUGCUCAUCUGCACCACCCUCAAGAGGAAGUCUGGAUCCCUGAGACGCAGCUCCAUGAGCCUGUACUCUGUUGCCAGGGUGAUCGACACGUCUAGUAAAUAUAAGUUCCUGUGGAAACUUCCCCUAGAGGACGUGGAGAUAGUGAAAAACCCCUCCCAGGCAACCAACAAAGAGACCAUCCAGAAGAUGAUUGGUCGACUGGACGAGGACCUGAGUACACUGGGACAGAUCAGCAAACUAUCAGAGACUCUCAGCUUCCCUCACCAGUCUCUGGAUGAUGUGAUAAAGGACCUGAUGGCGUCGGUCCACAGGGAGCUUGCAGAGAAACAGUCUCUAGCGUUCAGUAUGAGCUUCCUGCCCACCAAGCUGGAGCUGACCACCGCCUCGGCAGAAACCAGCUUCAUCUUCGAGUUCAGCUCCCCGGACACACGCAGCAACUUCCAACAGGCCUUCGAAGAUGCCAAGAAGCAACUGGCAAUGAAUAAGGACCAGUGGGACCCAGAGUUCCUGAAGGCUAUCCCCAUUAUGAAGACUCGUAGUGGGAUGCAGUUCUCCUGUGCCUCCCCCAGCCACAGUUGUCCAGAGAGCAGCAGUGAGGUGUGGGUGUGUAACAGUGAUGGAUAUGUGGGCCAGGUGUGUCUGCUCAACAUCAGAGACCAGCCCACUGUAGAGGCCUGUAUCGCUGUCUGCUCUGCUAGGAUCAUCUGCAUCGCCGCGGUCCCUGGACUCAAGGGGAGGGAACGUGGAGUGGAGCACUCCCCAGCCCCUCCCCCUGUAGCUGUUGACUCCACCCCAUCACGGCAGCAGCAGCUUCACAUCUCCAUCUCUCAUUCGUCGCUGGAGCUGACCGAGCCCCCUUCAGGGGCGGGGACAGAGUUAGUUCCAUUUGAUAGUGAUGACACGGACGAUGAAGAUUCUCCUAGCCCCUCCUCUACACUGCAGAGCCAAGCCAGUCACUCUACUGUGUCAUCCAGCUAUGGCAAUGAGGAGGGGUCUGGUUCUAAGGACAUGGCUACAGAGACCACCAGUAGUGAGGAGGAGCAGGACUACCCAGAGGCCAGUCCUUAUGGAGCUCCAGGCAGGCCAGGGGUGGGUGGAAGAGGUCGACCCCACAGCGAGAGCCCCAUGGACGGGAGAGCGAUGCGCCGUUCCUCCCGGGGAUCCUUCACCAGAGCCAGUCUGGAGGAUCUGCUCAGCAUUGACCCGGAGGCUUACCAGAGCUCUGUGUGGCUGGGCACAGAGGACGGAUGUAUCCAUGUGUACCAGUCAUCAGACAACAUCCGGAACCGUAAGAACAGCAUGAAGAUGCAGCAUUCUGCCCCCAUCCUGUGUAUUCUAUACCUGGACAACAAGGUGUUUGCGUCCCUGGCCAACGGAGAUGUGAUCGUCUACCAGAGGGAGGUGGGGAGUUUCUGGGACGCCCAGUCAUCUCAGACGUUGAGUCUGGGCACGCCCAGUAGUCCUGUCACUAAGAUGGUCCCGGUCGGAGGGAAGCUGUGGUGUGGUUCACAGAACCGCGUUCUCAUCAUCAACACAACCACACUGGUGCAAGAGCACUGGUUCCAGGUGGGCACAGACAGCAGUAGGUGUGUUACCUGCAUGGUGAGCUACGGCCAGGGGGUGUGGCUGGCGCUCCAGGGUAGUGCCCAGAUCAGACUUUACCACGCCCAGACCUGGGACAGCCUGACGGAGGUGGACGUGGCCCCCGCCGUGCACAAGAUGCUUGCAGGUUCAGAUGCGAUCAUCCGGCAACACAAGGCAGCGUGUCUCAGGAUCACAGCUCUCCUGGCCUGUAAGGACCUGCUGUGGAUCGGGACCAGUGCAGGGGUGGUCCUGACCCUGUCUAUCCCAGCCGUCAGCUCUGGGACUGUGUCAGGGACGCUGCGGUCACCUCUGACCCCCAUGGGCUCCGCUCAUGGACACACUGGCCAUGUGAGGUUCCUCACCUCCAUAGAACUACCUGAAGGCUUCGACGUCAACUUCCCCCUGCCCGCCGAUACCACAGGCAACCCAGCCCAGAGUGGUGUUGAAGGGGGUAAUGGGGGACUGCAGAGGCGAGAUUCCGCUCGCCGUCGAGCCUCCGCCCUCCUGCCCGUUAAAACCAAUCAGUUGGUGAUCUCCGGUGGCGAUGGCUAUGAGGACUUCCGGCUGACCAAUAGCAGUGAGACAGUGGGGCGGGACGACAGUACCAACCACUUACUGCUGUGGAGGGUCUGAGCCAAUCAGCCGGCCCCAUUUAUCAAAACACACCCCUUCAGCACCAGCAACAUACUGCCCUGGAGGAUGUGAGGCCAAGCCCCCUGCCCCGGGUCUGAGCCAAUGAGAGUCCCCCGGCCCAUUUGAACCCCACCCUCAGCAAAAACCACACAUAAACCCAACCCCUCCUCCUCAGAACCCACCCCCGUUUUUAUUAGGUCCAGUAUUUUUGAGUUAUUUUCUCCGUCUUCUGAUCUCUCUGUGAUUGGGUGUUGUUAGCCCAGGCUGAAAAACUACAGGGUCGCUUCAAACCAGGUUUCUGUUGCUGUUUUAGUUUGUUCUGAUGCAACUGUCUGUGUUGUUAAUCACUGAGUGAUGUGUCUGGUGUUUCGGCGUGGACUCUGUCUCUACAGACUUUACUAGGAGAGAGGGAGGGAACAAGUGAGAGAGAGGGAAAGAGAGGGAGAGAAAGCGAGAGAUUGGGACAGUGACCAGAGAAAAGUGUGGAUAAGGACAGACCGAUUAGGUGAAGGAGAGAGAAGGAAAGAGCGAGAGGUUGAGGCAGACAGGGUGAAAGGGUACUGAUGGGAAGAAGAUUGUGAAUUCUGCAACAAGCCAAAUGAUGGACUGAUGGAAGUAAAAAUGGAACAAGGCCAUCCUAACACUCCAUCCUAGGGAGGAGAGGAGAAAUGGAACAAGGCCAUCCUAACACUCCAUCCUAGGGAGGAGAGGAGAAAUGGAACAAGGCCAUCCUAACACUCCAUCCUAGGGAGGAGAGGAGAAAUGGAACAAGGCCAUCCUAACACUCCAUCCUAGGGAGGAGAGGAGAAAUGGAACAAGGCCACCCUAACACUCCAUCCUAGGGAGGAGAGGAGAAAUGGAACAAGGCCACCCUAACACUCCAUCCUAGGGAGGAGAGGAGAAAUGGAACAAGGCCAUCCUAACACUCCAUCCUAGGGAGGAGAGGAGAAAUGGAACAAGGCCAUCCUAACACUCCAUCCUAGGGAGGAGAGGAGAAAUGGAACAAGGCCACCCUAACACUCCAUCCUAGGGAGGAGAGGAGAAAUGGAACAGGGCCAUUCUAACACUCCAUCCUAGGGAGGAGAGGAGAAAUGGAACAAGGCCAUUCUAACACUCCAUCCUAGGGAGGAGAGGAGAAAUGGAACAAGGCCAUUCUAACACUCCAUCCUAGGGAGGAGAGGAGAAAUGGAACAAGGCCAUCCUAACACUCCAUCCUAGGGAGGAGAGGAGAAAUGGAACAAGGCCAUCCUAACACUCCAUCCUAGGGAGGAGAGGAGAAAUGGAACAAGGCCAUCCUAACACUCCAUCCUAGGGAGGAGAGGAGAAAUGGAACAAGGCCAUCCUAACACUCCAUCCUAGGGAGGAGAGGAGAAAUGGAACAAGGCCAUCCUAACACUCCAUCCUA